AUGAUUACUUCAGAAUUAGAUUUGCUUCCAGAUCAAAUUUUAGGAAGGAACAAAAAUGAUAUUGCUAUGGAUUUUAUUGUUUCUAUUUUAAGUAGCAAUUCUCUGCUUUUGAAAAGAGAAGAUGAUAUGUGUAAUUUUGUAAUUUCAUAUUGCAAAACAUUAUCUGAAUUAGAAAAGCUUUUGCCAAUGAUCCAAUUCGAAUAUUGUACAAACAAAACUGUUUCUGAUUUCAUAAACAAAUAUUCUUCUCUAAUGCAUCCAAAUUCAGAGUGUGAAAUUCCAGAACACGCUGAAUCAAAUGAAUAUCAAGAUGAAAGCCAAUUCUUCUCACAAAUAUUUACAAAUAGUUUAGUCGGUUUUUGCAUUUUUAAAAUGUUAGUCACCUUUCUCCUUCCAAAGUGA